AGGAGGGCAGCUCCCGUUGAGCGUCGCAUAUUUCGCGCUCACCCACACAGUCGCACCUCCGCUGCCGUGCAUGGUCCACGGUACAUGGGUUCACUCUGCCACCGGCAGCAGCCGAAAUUAAAGCACCGGAGGUGGGCGCACCAGGAGAGGAGACCCCUUCCUUCCCCAUCCCUCCGCUGUGUGAACGCUUAAAGCUUCCUCUCAAUUUAAAUCCUGAUUUAUCAUUGUCAUAAGAAGCGAGAGACAGCAGCAGCAGCAUCUCCAGCAGCAGCAGCAGCAGCAGCAGCAGCAGCAGUUCUUACAGACCCAGACCCGUGGGCGGCUGGGUGGCGUCUGGACGAGGAUUUGGCUCCACACUGCUCCAUCUCAACAACACCUCAAAUCCUCAAGAUACGGCGAUGAGAGCUGAGAUGUAGCGGAUGGGAGGCCAUUCAUGUGGAUCUGGACUUCAGCUGAUACGGAUAGAAUCUCUUCAUCACCUCCACCACCAUCCUCCUCCUCCUCCUCUUCCUCCUCCUCCACCUCCUCCUCCUCCUCCUCCUCCUCCUCCUCAUCGUCUAACCAGUUGAUAUUUUUUGAUGCAACUGUCUGAAAAGUGUGGAGCACAUUGACGCACGGGUGAAGUCCAGCACAGAGACUGAAUGAGUCCAUCUUUGGCGGGCGGACGGACUCCUCGGGCGCACAGGACGGAUGCAAACAGACUCAACACAUCUUGGCAAUUCGCAGCACCCUCAGCGUCUCCGCCAGAUUCGGUGGUGUAACGGAGCGGGGGUGAAUCUCACAGCGGGGGAGCGGUCAGUUUCACAGGCAGGGAGAAGAUGCCAUUCCACCAUGUGCGGGCGGGCCUGCUCUAUCCAGACAACUACCUGAGCAGCUCCCUGACAGAGGGCAGUGAAGCCUUCCAGCUCAACAGCAUCUCCACGGAAGAGCUUGGAGAGAUCCGUGAGGCCUUUCGUGUCUUGGAUCGUGACGGGAAUGGUUUCAUCUCCAAGCAGGAGCUGGGCAUGGCCAUGCGCUCCCUGGGUUACAUGCCCAGCGAAGUGGAGCUGGCCAUUAUCAUGCAGAGACUGGACAUGGACGGGGACGGCCAGGUGGACUUUGAGGAGUUCAUGACGAUACUUGGGCCCAAGCUGCUGUCGUCCGACAACAGAGAAGGAUUCCUGGGCACCACUAUUGACAACAUCUUCUGGCAGUUUGACAUGCAGCAGCUGUCUCUGGAUGAGCUGAAGCAGGUGCUGUUCCACGCCUUCCGGGACCACCUGACAAUGAAGGACAUCGAGAACAUCAUCAUCACCGAGGAGGAGAGCCUCAACGAAACCUCAGGGAACUGCCCUGAGUACGAGGGAGUUCAUCCUAAGAAGAAGAAUCGUCAGACGUGCGUCAGGAAAAGUCUGAUCUGCGCCUUCGCAAUGGCUUUCAUCAUCAGUGUCAUGCUCAUCGCAGCCAAUCAGAUGCUGCGGAACGGCAUGGAAUAACCAAUUGCACUGUGAGCACGAGGAGUGGACAGAACAGCCACGACCUCGCAUCUUGUCUUUGCAGCCAAAGCUGGACCAGCCACAACCCAAGCACUUCUCUAAACAAUCAGUUCAAGUUGUAUUCUUUCUUUUAAGUUUAGAUUGAACUUAUAAACACAGACAACGUGAGUUAAAUGGAGAGAGAGAUGUAUUUGUUUUGCAUUGUGGAUAUAGACCAAGCAGUCACUGGACUUAACGGUCGUGAGGAACCUGAAAACUGGAGGGGGGGGGGAAAUGGUGGGUUGUUUUGUUUCUAUUCUGUUUUGAAGAUCAAGAGCGCUCUUUGAAACUUGAUUUUCUAAUUCACGAAAAAAAAAUGUGUAUCAGGUGCUUUGAGCCAUUACUGAUUUAAAAAAAAAAACAACAGUAGUUAUUAUGGACAACUGCAUAUUUACCCCUGAGAAGUUACCCUGCUGAAUGUGAACUGAAUGAAUGUGCGCACUGAAUGUUGGACACAGUAUUUAAAUGCAUGGUGAAUCCCUCACUUUUCACUUUGUCGUCUUGUACAAACAUCGCACCUUUUGUGAAACGUUUAAUUCGAUCCUGGGGCACAUGGAACAUUCGUGUGUAUCUUCAAGGAGCACAACUCGAUACUCAGCGAGGGACCGCUGUCCCGCUAUCUCGACUCGUUAGUCUUAUAUAGUACUGGUGGAUUGACUGGUCACUCAACGUGUGUGUGUGUGUGUGUUAAAGACGGUGGUGAUCACGACUGUCCAACGGGUGUAAGAUACAUGAAAAAUAACAAGAGAUAUAGAAUCUGUCCCAUGACAUUUGAGAUGUGGUUUCUGUAAUAUUAAUAGAACCAGGCUGAGAUAAAUUAUUUUUGUGUUGGGAGACAAUGUUCCACCUCAGCAUCUCAUUGACUGCGGCAAAUCCAAACCACACAAGACCAGUAUGUACACUGCCAUACCGGACAUUUCUCUCGUUUCCCGUGGAUUUCAUUGCUACUUAGCUCGUGUAAUGUAUCGUUCCUCUCUACAGCAGAAUGUAUGAAGGGUAGAAACUAGUGAGACAUAUCAGGGAUUCUCAGUAGGGCUGUGACUUGCUGUUUGCAAGGAGAAGGUUGCAUCCUAGUGGUUCACAUGAAAACUGCAGCUAAACGCUUGAUCAGCCAUGUUUACAAGGUGCUCAGAAACAAGACUUUGAGCAUUGAUGUGUGCUGUGUCGGUGUCACGAGGGCAGUUUGGUCUGAAUUAGUGAACGUUCAUUAGUUUUAAUGGCAAAACAAAGAUUUUGUUUCCCUCCCUCAUCCCAGGCUGUGCAGUCGAGGCUGGUGCACAGUUUAGGAUUAGAUGAGAGACUCGAGGUGACAGCAGCGGGGCCUUCGAUCGUUUCCGGGGUCACAGCUAUGUUUUAUGGUUCAGAUGUGAUAGCACUACAAUUUUAAUAAGCGCACCGGGAUGAAAAAGUUUGGAGAGGACCUUGUAGGUGUUAACAUUCAUGCUCCUCUGAGCCGCCCAAGGUUGAAGAUCCAAAUUUGAUUCAAUUUGAGGCUGAAAAUGUUUGGGGGGUUAUUUUGUAAUGUGGUGCAGGGCAAUAAAGAGAUGUCACUGUUUAUCUACCGUCACUGGAAUCGUAUUGUAUUGAUUAUAUAUUUAUAAUCGUUUAUUGUUAGCAAAUCGUCAUUCUGAAAUUUUAAUUACCUGAAGUUUAAAGUGUCGGUGGAACCCAUUUCAUCACUUCAUUUCCAUUGUGUUUUAUGUGAUUGUUUUGUGAUAUUAAGAGAUGUCCUCAAAAUAUUUUCACUAAUAUGACAAUUACACAUUAUUGGUAUUCAUUACUCGUGAUUACAACAUCAUAGGUUCCGAUUAAUUUCCAUUCAUUCCCAGGAGCAAUUCUUUUUUUUUGUCUUUUGUCUUAUGCUGUGCUGGAUGAAAGCAAAAUGAAACAUUUCAAUCAAACUGAUGUGCAACCAUGGGAAGUUAUAUACUGUCUGUUUCCAGGGCGAGAGGGGAGAGGGCUUUCUUUAUAAAUUAAAAAAAAUAGCUUUGUAAGAUCAAGUAUAACAGCAAAAAUGUAUUAUACUGUAAAUCAGUAUGCAUGUUGUUUAGAUUUCCGUGUCUUUGAAAGACAGGGAAAUCCAUUUAACCUUUCUUUGUGGAGGCACAGCCUUGAUUUCAAUUAAAUGUAUGUUCUACCGUCACAUAUCUGACUCUCCAAUUUAUACUGUAACAGCCAUUUUUCUAGUUUCUACCAGCUAUUAAUCAAAUCAGAGUGCAGGGGAGGACAUUUUCAUAAAUAUGCAAAUACAAGGUCACAUCAUCAUCGUCAUCGUCAUCUCUCUUUCACGUCAUCUAGAGUCUAUAGGCCUCACUGUGGAUGUUUGAAACUGACAUUGAAUAAAAUAUAUUGUGUGUUUUAGUCACAUUAGGUUUUCUAUGGAAUGUUCCCACUGCCUCAUGGUCCUGUAUUAACUGCUGUGUAAUGUGUGCUACACUUAUCCGUGUGAGUCAGUCCAUGUCUUUGAUAUUCUCAGCACAUUAACAUUUGACCGACGGACCGUGUUGUCACCUGUGUCUAUUAGCGCCAUGGUCCUUCUGAAACCAGCAUAGAUCACUUUAUCGUACCGAUUCUCUAAUAAUUGUGCCAUUCACAUGUCCUCGUGUGGCCAUGUAACGGAGACUCAUUUGAAAAAAAAAAAACUUUUAUCAACACUUUUGAAGUUUACAUUAUUCUUCUGUACAUCUUUGACGGGACGGGAUCAGUUCACGAUUUUCAUGUUUUUGAAAGUUGCUUUUGAGGUUUUUUUUUUAACCAAAACAUGUUUUUACCUUGUAGAUUGUAUAGAAAUAAAAACUAAACACAGAUAUGUAAUACAACCUUGGCAUGCUGCUUAGAAAAGGUGAAAGAAAACAGCAAUAGUUACCGACUGGAUAUUUAAAAAUGCAAAUAACAAGUUUAAUCUGUUUAAUCUAAAAAAAAAAAAAAGAUAUAUCCAUAUAUGUUUAUGCAAUAAAACCUUGUUUUGAUAGAAA